UUUUCUCAGCACCUGAGCCGAGCUUCGGUGAGCUUAUUACCGGGGGUUUUGCCGCAAGCAGGAAAGAAGCUUCGCUUAGCCGCCGCUUGCUAGGUUUGAGGGCCCAACUCCAUGCAACCUCGAAAGGCGUUGCCGCAUCCUCACGCGCGGCCUUGUCCACUAGAGCAAGCGGUGCCAGAAGUACUAUCCACUCCUGCAAUGUGAGCCCGCCGACCGCUGUCGGUGGAGCUGCCGGCGUGUGCGGAUCAUCUCCCAGCAUGCUUUAAGAGCGCACGCCAUCGCCCUCUUGAUCUUAUCAAUCUCCUUUCCAUCACUUCGAGCUUGACAUCCUUGUGCCAACAAGCACAUCCAGCCUCGAAAUGGGUUUCUCUUUCAAGGGUUUGACCACCAGUGCAUUGGUAAACGGCGCCGUGCCAAACCACCAGGCCAACGAGAAGGACAUCGCAGACAUUCCUGCUGCCGUCGAUGCCCAUGGCAGCAUGGACGUUUCCCGUCGUAACGACGAGAAGAUCGGCGCGCCUCGUUCCCCGUCUUCCAUGUCGGACGGAUCCUCCGAUGAGGAGCUGAACAAGGUCGACACCCACGCUGAGCAGGGUGUUCAGGCCAUUCAGGCCGCUACUCUUGUGUGGUCCAAAAGGGAUCUCAUCAUGGCUUACAUCUUCAUGUGGCUUAUCCAGUUCAUGAUGACCUUCUUCUCUGGCUGCGUCGGUACCAUGACACCUUAUAUGACCAGUCUCUGGGGAGAACACUCGCUCACCGCAUUGACCGGUGUCAUCUCGGGUCUCGUCUCUGGUCUGUGGAAGCUCCCUUACGCAAAGAUCAUGAACAUCUGGGGAAGGCCCUGGGCGUUGGUCAUUGGUGUUAUUUGCUACGUUAUGGGCCUCAUCCUGAUGGCUGCUUGCGAAAACGUUCAGACCUACUGUGCGGCCUACACCUUCUACUACAUGGGUUACAACAGUAUCGAUUUCUCGAUGACUGUCUUCAUCGCGGACACAUCCAAGCUGAAGAACCGAGGCCUGUUCAUCGGUUAUGCUUCCUCGCCCUGGCUGAUCACCACCUGGGUGUACGGAUACGCUGUCACGAGCAUCCGUGCCCCAGGCGGUAUCGGUAUGAAGUGGGCCUUUGGCAUGUUUGCCAUCAUUGCUCCAUUCGUAUGCGCCCCCUUGAUCACCAUGUUCUUCAUCGCCCAGAACAAAGCGAGGAAGCAGGGUCUCAUCACGCCCAACCCGAGCCGUGGCAGCUUCGGCCAGACAGUCCUGUACUACGUCAAGGAGUUCGAUGUUGUCGGUAUCCUUAUCCUCGCUCUUGGUCUUGCGCUCUUCCUGCUCAGCUUCAACCUCUAUGCUUACCAGAAGGACCAGUGGAGGUCUCCUUUGAUCAUCUGCUUCAUCAUCAUCGGCUUCCUUCUCUGCGUCUUCUUUGGUCUGUAUGAAAAGUACCUCGCUCCCGUCUCUUUCAUCCCAUGGUACCUACUGAAGAACCGCACUGUCAUCUUCACCUACACCAUGGCCGCAUCGAUCUACAUUGCCUGGUACAUCUGGGACUCUUACUUCUACUCUCUGUUGAUCGUCGUCUUCAACCAGCCCAUCCUAUACGCUACCUACAUCACCAACACCUACACCAUGGGCUCUUGCACCAUGGCCAUCAUCUUCGGUCUUAUGCUCCGCAAGUACGGAAAGCUCAAGAUGUACGCCCUCUUCUUCGGCGCGCCCAUCACCAUCCUCGGCUGCGGUCUUAUGAUCAAGUUCCGCCAGCCCGACGUCAACAUCGGCUACAUCGUCAUGUGCCAGGUCUUCAUCGCCUUUGGCGGCGGCGUCCUCGUCGUUGCCGAGCAGACAACCCUGAUGGCCGUUUCCAAGCAGCAGGACUUCCCCGCCCUGCUCGCCGUCGAGUCCAUGCUGAUCUCCAUCGGCGGCGCCAUUGGCUCCACCAUCGCCGGCGCCAUCUGGACCGGUGUCUUCCCCCAGCGUCUCGCCGUCAACCUGGCUGGUACUGCCGCUGCCGACAACAUCGCUUCUAUCUACGGUGACAUCACUGUCCAGUCUGGUUACGCUGUGGGCACGCCUGAGCGCGACGGCAUCAACCUGUCCUAUGGCCAGACUCAGCGCUACAUGCUCAUUGGCGGUACUUGUGUCUACACCACCAUGCUUUUCAGCAUUGCUAUGUGGCAGAAUGUCGACGUCAAGAAGAUGAAGCAGAGGACCGUUGGUCUGUUGUAAGCGUUUCGCAAUAUUUACAUUCGGGCUCUGGAGCCAGGUGAAUGUUGUAUGCUGUGGGAUAUAAAAGUUAUAUGAGAUGAUGAUCUCGUAAUUACGAAUUAAUUGUAUUGUUCUAAAUGAUA